CUCUGGAAGCGCCUGGCACUCAGCGGUAGAAUGGGAGGGACCACUUCCGCCCGGCGCCUGCCCCAGCCAGUUCCCACGCCGCGAGAUCCCGCCCGGGACCGGAAGUGACGCGCGAGGAGCGCUGCCUGGACUGCUAUUCAGUUUUUCCCGGUGUCUGUAUGUUGUCAUCUCACAUACGCCUGGUCCCUGCAAGAGUCCGGCUUGUCCAUUCCCUGGUCCGCACUCCUUCCUGCUCCUUCAUGGAUCUGAAGGCUCUCCUUUCCUCCUUGAACGACUUUGCAUCCCUCUCCUUUGCCGAGAGCUGGGACAAUGUUGGAUUACUGGUGGAACCCAGCCCGCCACACACGGUGAACACACUCUUCCUGACCAACGAUCUGACCGAAGCAGUGAUGGAGGAGGCGCUGCAGAAGAAGGCUGACUGCAUUCUCUCCUACCACCCGCCCAUCUUCCGGCCCAUGAAGCGCGUCACGUGGAAAACCUGGAAGGAGCGCCUGGUGAUCCGGGCUCUGGAGAACCGAGUGGCCAUUUACUCUCCUCACACAGCCUACGACGCCGCACCCCAGGGGGUCAACGCCUGGCUGGCGAAAGGGCUCGGCGUUUGCACCUCCAGGCCUAUACAUCCUUCCAAAGCACCCAGCUGCCCAACAGAGGGAACACACAGAGUAGAAUUUAAUGUUAACCACACUCACGACCUGGACAAAAUCAUGUCUACAGUGAAAGGAAUUUCGGAUGUUUCUGUCACUUCCUUCUCUGCUAGGACUGAGGAGGAGGAGCAGACGCGGGUCAGUCUGAACUGUGGUCAGCAGGCUUUGAUGCAGGUGGUGGCUCUCCUUUCCCAGCACAGACAGCUCUAUCAGAAGACUGAAAUCCUGUCGCUGGAGAAGCCUCUGCUUCUGCACACUGGAAUGGGACGGUUAUGCACCCUGGAUGACUCUGUCUCCUUGGCAACCUUGAUUGAGCGAAUCAAAAGGCACCUAAAACUAUCUCAUGUUCGCCUUGCUCUUGGGGUGGGGAGGACCUUAGAGUCCCAAGUCAAAGUGGUGGCUCUAUGUGCUGGCUCUGGGAGCAGUGUUCUGCAGGGGGCCGAGGCCGACCUCUACCUCACAGGCGAGAUGUCCCAUCAUGAUGUUUUAGAUGCUGCUUCGCAAGGAAUAAAUGUCAUCCUCUGUGAACAUAGCAACACUGAGCGAGGCUUUCUUUCCGACCUUCGAGAUGCGCUGAGUGUUCACUUGGAGAAUAAGAUUAAUAUUAUCCUGUCGGAAGCAGACAGGGACCCUCUUCAGGUGGUGUAAUGCAUGCGGCGUAGAAUGACAUCUACUUUACAAACCGUUUCCCUCCUCUCGAACGCACAUGAUCAGUGGCGUCCGUAUCCGUAAUAUUUAGAACGUACAUUGUCAUUUCUGGUUUGUUUAUCUGCUUCACCAUAUGUUCUAUAGUUUUUAGGGUAAACACUGUAAUGUAACUAUUAUUAAAAAACAGAUAUUUAGCCCUGGCUGGGUAGCUCAGUUUUGAGGAACUUCAAUGUUUUUACUGAAAACAAAUAAAAAACAAAUUAAAAAAACUAUAAAUAAAAGUGAUUCUAUUCAAAUUGGAAUUUUAUUAAUAAUAAAGACUAUUGACACUUCUUGCAAAUAGUAUAGGCACAAAAAUUAUAAAAAUAAACUAGUGGAUAUUUAAGGGCAAAUGUAAAGUUUACACAUUAGAUCAUUAAAGAUUUUGUAUACUUUUUAUACUGCAAGUUAUAAACUAGAUAUGUUAAG